AUCAGGACUUGAAGGGAGGAGAUGACGAGAAAAAGGAGCAAGAAGGGACUAUGUUGAGAGGGAUGACGUUAGCGAUGACCGAUCCCUGUUUGAAUUUGUGGCGACGAAAUCGAAACGAGUAGAGAUUGCACCUUCAACGCGUGAUCCGUCCUAUGGAAACUCUAAUCGUCAUGAAUGAACCCAACGAUUGCCAUCCGGCAACACUCUGAGAGAGAGAGAGAGAGAGGGAGAUUGAGCGGGAGACCAAGAUGGAGAAGAGGCUCUUUAACGCCUGCGUGAGCGGGGAUGCCGAAUCCCUGCGCCGGCUGGUGCGGGAACACGAGCUUCUUCUCGACCAGGUGGCGCCGCCUGCCCGAGCCACGCCGUUGCACCUGGCGGCGAGGUUCGGGCACGCCGAGGUCGCUGCUGAGAUCGUCCGGCUCCGUCCGGCCAUGGUGGGGUCGGAGAAUGCGCGCACGGAGACUCCACUGCACGAGGCCUGCCGGGAGGGCAACGAGAUGGUGGCGCGGAUCUUGAUAGGAGAGGACCCAACGGUGGUGUGCAGGCUCAACCGCGAGGGGGAGGCCGCUCUCUCGCUCGCCUGCCGAAACGGCCAUCUGGGCGUUGUGAAGCUUCUCCUAAGCGGUGGUGGGUCGAUGGUGCUGCGGUCGGAGGCCGAUGCCGAGUCCACCUCCUUGCAUUCUGCUGCCAUGAGUGGCCACGCAGAAAUUGUGCAGGAAUUACUUAAUGUGCGGCCAGAUUUUGUGUCGAAAAUAGAUAAGCAUGGGUUUUCACCUUUGCAUCAUGCAUGCUGGAAAGGUCAUCUUGGUGUAGCAAGGAAGCUGUUGCAGUUUGAUUCUGACCUCUGUUCUCAGCGGGAUCUGAAUGGUAGAACUCCCUUACACUUAGCAGCAAUAAAAGGUUUGACUGGUAUCUUUGAGGAAAUCCUAUCACUGAGACUAGAUGCAGCUGGCCUAUUGACAAAUCAAAGGGAGUCUGUUCUGCAUUUGUGCAUCAGGAACAAGCAAUUCAAGGCUUUUGAAUAUCUGACGGAAAAACUUGAUACUAUGGAAUCUAUCAACCUUCAGGAUAUUAAUGGAAAUUCUGUUUUGCACUUCGCCACAGCUGGAAGACAUGUUCAGAUGGUAGAAUACAUAAUUGAAAAUACCAAAGUUGAUGUGAAUGCUCGCAAUGGUAAAGGCUGUACUGCACUAGAUUUGAUACCGGAGAAUGCUAGUAAUGCUGAAGCCCUUUCAAUACGUUUGAUACUUCUAAAAGCUGGAGCAGAAAGGAGCAAGGGCUUUCAAUGCUCGCAACCAGGAAAUGCUGCAUUACAGAGCAACAACAUUUCAGAGUUACCUAACCAAUCCAGUUGCAGUCAUGAGGAAGUUGCCACCAAAUAUUCUGACAUGGGCUCUAGUAACGUGUGUGAGACUGCAAUGGUUAUUGCUGCUUUGCUUGCCAUGGCUGCUUUCAGUGCAUCAAUGAGGCCUCCUGGCGGUGUUUAUAAAGAAGGUGAAUUUAUUGGUACAGCAAUCUUGGCUAACACUGGUUUCUUCAAGCUUUUCACCUUGACCAACGAUCUAGCACUGUGGACAUCAGUAAGCACUGUCAUUGGCAUGGCUGCCAUUGCUUCUCUCAGCCAGGUGUCCAUUCUAAAGCAUUUGCCAAAGAUCUAUUGGUCUCUGUAUAUUUCAGUUUCAUUCAUAAGUUUAUCUUACAUAUCCUCAAGAUUUAUUAUCGCACCAUCAUCCACUGGAUAUAUCAACUGGUUAAUGCUUCCAAUUUACAUAUUUUCGCCAGCAGCACAGUUGCUGUUCUUUUUGCACUUGAGACAAAGAGAUAAAAUUGAGAGUGCAGAUAAAGGAACUGGUAUAUCCCAGGCUGCUAGCAUGAUCAGAAUGGAGCAGAGACCUGAGAGUGAGGAAAACAAUGUGACUGAAUUUGCGUUGGAAAGUUCUUCAGGAGCAUCUUUCUUAAUCAAAGACGGUUCCAGGAUAGAUCGGCCAACUGAGAUUGGACUCACCCAGCGUAAAUCAGUACACAUCCAAGAUUCGUGAAGUUUGAUCACUGCCUUGCUGAUAUUAUUUAUGUUUACAUGCACAUAUGCCAAGUCACAUGGCCUCAUCUGCUUGUCAACAGAUACUGUCUGCAGAAUGACUGUCCUACGAGGACACGUUUUUGUUCCUCCGUACUUUUGUAAGAAAUACAUAUGUAUGUGCUUCUCUGUGAAAUUCAGGAGUUAAAAGGGUUUUAGCAGUAUAUUCUUUAAAUGCUCUCAUGUGAAGGAAUUUUGUAAAUCGAAUGUAUAGAAAUUUAGAGGUGAUUUGUGAUUUCA